AUGCAUGGUUAUAUAGCCUCAAUUUAUCAACACGCCCUCUACCGUCAAUUCCCUGUGUACACGCCGAAGCAGUCGAGCGAAUACUUCGCCAUCUCACAUGGGGCCGAACGACGGCCUGACCGCCAACCAGCCCCCGUUUAUUCAUCGUAUCGCGAGAAGGGAGAUGAGGAAUAUGCGAAGAACAAUCGCAAAACUUUGAUUGACUACAAGGAUUUCGACCGUUCGCCCCUCUCCCCUUACCUAUACAAGGAACAUCCAUACGUUCGAGACCAAGAUUCACGAAUUGUGGGAUCCAACUUUGUCCAGGUGACAUCUCGUCCAAAAGAUCGAUUUCUCGAGAAAGUUGAGCAGACGCUGGCUGAAGUGAGGGCAAUGCCGAGAUACACAUGA